GUUUAACUACAACUCCAAGCACAAACACUAGUAAGGUAUUAUUUUCCUCUGGAUCCCAUGUCUUUGGGAAACCUUUUCAUUGUCUGAAACAUGCAGUCAGGCACUUAAAGGAGACACAGCUGCUGAAGCCGCAUGAGAACAGAGAACGGGCAGCACAUGCAUCUCAUUUACAACGUCUCGGUUUGGAUAAUAGCAUGUCUGGCUGUGAAUACCGUGAGGAAUGAUUCCCAGUGAGACCAAAAAUGAACAUCAAAUUAUAAACAAGACUGUUUAUUAGUGGAAAACUACCAAACCAUUGUAGCUAUUUAUUUUCAUUCAAUAAACACACAAUGAUGAACAAAAUUAGCACAACAAUGGGACAAACAAAUGCCGAAAUCAUAAAGCUAAAAGAUUUGACACCAAACAGUAACAAUGUUAAGAUCUCCGGAUUGUUAUCGUCUUUAAGAACAGUAACUAUAACAUAAUUGUUCCUUUUUUUGUUAGAUUCAAAAGUUAUUUUGCUAUCAGUGAACCUACAGCACAUUUUUCUAAAUAUAUGUCACAGAACUGACCUCUAAAAAAACACACACAUAAUCAGCCAGGAGAAGACUAUAUGCUAAAAGAAAACUCAUGCCUGAAGUGCAUCUGUGUGGGCAGAGUCACAGGAUGUAAGCAGCAUGCUAGGUAAGUGAGGAGGGGAAAGAGCAAGUGUUUUUAAAGAGGGGAGAGUGGGAGCGACAGAGCACAGAAGUGGGAGGGUGGGAGAUUUGGAGAGUCGGAGAGAGAGGGUGGACAAGCGGGUGGGUGCUGUAAAAUCCGUUAACGGGGGAGCUCUGUGCAUUUGUUAGACAUCUUGGCUGCCUGCCCAACUUGGCUCAUUGUAAGCGAGGCAUGAUCGUGAACGGGAGGCAGCCCUCUCUGCUGCCUCGGCUGCCCCGCUCCCGGACCCAGCCCGGCUCCCACCGCUGACAUGGAAAGACCUACCACCAGCAACAUGAUGCCCAAAAGGGAUCAGGAACGAGAUCUGGAGCUGGACAAGAAGAUUGAGGCUCUCCGCAGGAAGAACGAAGCGCUCAUGAAGAGGUACAAGGAGGUGGAAGAGGACAGGAGAAAGGCAGAAGAGGAGGGAAUGGCGCUGCAGAGCCGAAAAGGAAAAGCUGAUGACCUCACCAUCACAAUCAGCAAGUCCACAGAUGAGAGUCGCGUGGUGGUAACAAAGCCUUUUGGGAGUGGGUCUCCGACUGGGACAGGACAGCAGGAGGGUGGGGCUGACAGGGUGGGAGAAGGAUCCACUCAGGGGACUGGGCGAGGCUCCAGGAAGCAGCUGAUGGUCACAAUGGAUGGAAAAAAGGGCAAAAGGGUGGUGAGUGAGAGGCCAGAGAAGCAACCGGGCCCCACAGAUGUCAAGAGCCCCUUGGAUGAAGGACAGACGAGGCAAGUGGAGUCAGCUGGGAGAGGAAAGCAGCCGUCUAAGACGACUAAGCAGGAAUCAUCAUCAUCAUCAGCGGCAGCAGUAGCAGCAAAGGAGGAGAUUAAACAGGGGCCGAUGAACGCUGAGGAGCAACAUAAGGAUACAGAGCAGCGGCAGGAGCCUGAGAGCACGCAGCCCAGCACAGACCUCAACAUCCCAACAUCAAGGGAGGAACAGGAGGAGUAUCUACGGUGGAAGAAGGAACGUGAGCAGAUUGACAGGGAGAGAGUGGCGCGCCACAAAAAUGCAAAGGGGCAGUGGAGACGUGCGUGGGACAUGGACAAAACCGAAAACAUGUUUUCAGACAAAUCUCUUCCUGAUAGAGACUGGGCAGCUUUGGCUAGAGGAGGACGGAAUGCCAGAAGAGGUUCGAAGGCGAGUUCGAAAGGUCACGACAAGCGAGGCAAAGACAAGGCAGCUAAAAACGUGCUCGUGAUGAGCAGCAAAGCAAAAGGCAAAGAUCGAUUAACUGGGAGGGCCAGGAGAUGGCAGGAUAAUGACGAUGGAGAGAAUACACAGACUGCUGACACAACACUGGAGGAAUUCCUUGAAGAACUCGAUGCUCUAACAGAUGCUAAUGAAGGGAAUCUGAAAGAUCAAGACUCAAAAGCAAAGCCAGAUCCCUUAAGUGCACCUGAAGAUUCUGAUAGCUUGAAAGAGGAUAAAGUUACUCAGAGGAAAGCAGCAACCUCAUCCCCUCGAGGACUAGAGAAGAAAGUACGUUUCUCAGAGGAACUCAUCCAGAGGGCACCCGCUAAGCAAACUACGACCUCUUUACAUUCUGCAGCUCCAGAAUCUAAAGGCUCUCUGAAAGCCUCCUCACCAAAACACAGUGAGGUGCAGAGGCCAGAGCAGGAUGAUAGUAGUUCCCAGGAUAAAGGAGGGGGUCUUCCUUCUCCUCCUGUUGCCCAGCAGCCGGCAUCUAAAACUGAAAACGUUACAAAAGACACCAGCAGCCCUGAAGUUUCCAGCAUUACUUCUGGUGAAAAAACCAGCACCUCUCCACAUGAGAGCCCCGUCCAGCCUGUAGAGGUGUCCAAGUGCAACAGCAGCAGUACGAACACAGAAGAACUGAUAGACUCCACUCUGUCUGUCCUGAGAAUAGAUUCAGGAGAGUCACACCCAGCACACUCCACCAGCAAUGACAAGGCGAGAGAGCACGGGAAGGUUGUUUGACAUUUUUGGAGCAUCAAUCCUGAAACCAAAUUGCUGCGUUUUGGAUGCUUUUUUGCUUCAGUGGCCUCCAAGCUAAAAACCAACCUUUCAUUUCGCAGCGGCGAGACCCUCCUACUGAAUCUAAUUUCUGACACCAGAUUAGGAAGUGUUAUUGAGCAUUUCAAAUAUUUUUUACAUCUAAGCACUUUAUGAGUAUACAGGACUGUUUACUGAGACAUUCUUCAGUAUGUUAGUAAGCUGCUUGAGUGCAAUAUCUUUAAAUGUUUACAUUUAUAGGAAGAGUUAAAGGUACAUAUCUGGAGGCUAGCUAGUCAGUUUAACUUAGGUAGUCUUUGACAGUAAAUUAAGCCACAGUGAAAUAAUAGUGCCUGAUUUAGCCUUGGGAAUUAUUUUGACUAAAAUAUUAUUUAACUUCAGACACAUAACAGAGUCUUAAUUUCUACGUUCAGUAACUGAUUGGAUGUUAUUUGUUGGCUCCUUUCAGAACAAAACCUGCAACUCUCAGUGCAUCUGCAAAGUGACCUGGAUUUACAGUUUUCUGAUAAGAAUGUUUCACCAAGAAAACUUAAAAAUGGGACUUGCUGGUUAUCAGAAAAAGGUUUCUUUUGUGCUAGCUUGAGAUUUCUAGCCUAGGGCAAUUGUAAAAAACAAACAAACAAACAAAAAAAACAGGAUUACCAAACUCUGACUCUCCCAACAUGGCAGCUUUAUAGGAACAGCUAUGCUCUUGAAAUGAGGUCCUAGUAAAAGGUUGUAAGCAGUUAAUGUUAGGCUACCUAGCAUGGCACUGAGCAUCUUCAUUUGGCAUAAAUCUAGAUGAGGCAGUCCAGGAGACCGAAGGUAACGGCUAGUUCAAGAGGUAGCCAGUAGCGGCUCCUAAUAAAGGCUUUUUGGAAGUUGCCCAGGGCAGGAUUUGCAAAAUAACAGUGAUUUAUCUGUCGCCCCAUGUUCACUGUUGAGAAACUGAAGAGUAUUUUAUGUGUCUAAAGCAAAGCUUUUUUUCACACCCCAAAUUUUACUGAUUCUAAUGAGAGUGGCGAACCCCACAGCCUACUUCCACUUGUGUUUUAUGUUUAAGUGGCAAUGUCAGGACUAUAUGUCAAUGAACAUUUGAAAUGUUUGCAUUGGAUGAUUUAUUUUUUUCAUAAAGAAAGCCAAGCAGUUAUUUUUAUUGGAAACGGAAGUAGGAAAUGGAUGAAUAUGUAAAGUAACUGAGAGAAGCUGUCUAAUAUAAAAGUAAUGGAGUGUAUAAAUCAAUUAAAUAGCAUGCAGACUUGGAAUCCUCCGAAACAUUGCUAAAAACUAAAUGAUGCAAAAUGUAUAAUGUAUAAUACGAAAAGAAAUUACAGGCUCAUUCAGUUUCAUUAGACUGGACAGAACAUUUUGAUUUUGUGUUUUAUUUUUCUUCUUGACAUCUUUUGGACUGGCCCAGUGUCUAAAGCUCUGGGAGCCUACUGCUUCCAGGGUAGAAGACCUCAGCUGACCUGUAGCCAUGUCCAUUUUCAUAGCCAGUAAGAAAAAUGAGGCAUAUUAUCGUCUUCUUCACCUUGUUUAAACUCAGAAAGAACGAGGAGAAUGAAAUGCAAACCAAACGGUAGAAAAGACUCUGAGGGUGGAGCUGAUUUCCCAUUCAAGGUCUCACACAUGUACUCUGCUUGGCUUGAAUUGCUAUAGAAUACAAUUAUCCAAUUACUGCAGGAGUCCAGGAAACACAUUUUCAUUGUAAUUAGAAGAGAGACAUAAAAAGCAUGUGCAAUGUUAAAAGAUAAGACAUCCAAAGCAAACGAUCAAAGCUCUGAAAUUUGUAUCAGCAUAAAUUGCUUAGAAGGUUUUGAGACUGGAGUUUUGUAAAUAUGUCACAUGUCUUCUUUUUGUUUUCAGCCUCUAAGUCCAACUAACCUCCAUUUAUACUGAAUGAAGAUGCUAAGAUAAUUAUCUACUGCCAGUAAGAUUUUAACUGCUCAUAACAUUUUAAGGGAGCCACACUUUAAAAAUAUCAAAGAGUCCCUUUAAAUGCAUGUUUUAGUCUUGGUGUAAUAAAACUGAGGCAUCGUACCGUAAGUGCAUUUUUUUUUUUUUUUUUGCUAAUUAGUUUUUUCAGCAAAUGGGGAUGAAACUGUUUUUGAAUGGUUUAUUACAACCUUCUCUCCAACUUUACACCAAAUAUGGUAUUAUUACAAUAAUAUUUUCCCUUAUAGAGUGAAGGAUUUGCUACUCUGACUGUGUUGCAGGUAUUUCAUUAACACUUUGCAAAACAUAGGCCUGGUUAAGCAAUUAGCUAUAAACAUAAAAAGAAACCCAGGUGUUACGCAAUUUUACAAAUCAAUCUCAAUAAUUAAGUGAGAUUUAUAAUACAGCAUAUGCCUGGCCAUAAUUCUGACCUAAAUGAAACUGACUUUGGUCAUUAAAACACAUCUGUUUUUGAUAUAUUUACUAAAACAGUUUCUUUUAAAGUCAUAAUCAUGAUACAAUCGGAUCAAAUAACUUCUGACCCCUUUUUCUUGACUUGAGGUCUUGUGUGACAAACUUACUUCAGUCAGAGCACCGCGGUUCUGCAGACACACCACUUUAAUAUCGUUCCGCCAUUUAUUCUUUAUUAUAACUUUUAUGGAAAGCUCACAUUUUUCAGAAAGCUGAUCUCAAUGAAGAAAUGACCCAGUUCUUGUGCCUUGCUCUUUGGAUUCUUCAGAGACUGAAGGUGUAUUUUAAAUUCAUGGUUUGUAUCAUAACUAUCACAUGCAGCUGCAGUUAUUUUAUUUAUUUGCCUUAUGUGCAGACAUCCGAAUGUUCCUUGCGAAUCAAAAAAAAAAGAAAAACGCUGUCUCCCUGUGACCAGCGUGUGCUUUUGUGUUUAUUGCCUGUCAGCUGUGUUAUUUUUGGUAUCACAUGAUAAGAAGCCUUACAAGAACACUGUCCUCAGAAAUGUUUGUGGCUUCCAUCAGAGCUGCAGUAUAGUAAACAGUUAUAUAACCCUGAGUGGAGAACGCAGCGGACAUGCUUUGUGAGGCUGGGAGACUAUCAGCUUUGGAUGAAGUUACAUAAAAAAAACAACUAAUAAUCUGGAAUCUGUUGUAACACCAAGAUGGAUUCAAUCCGUUCACGAGGACACGACAGGAGGCCUUAAUUUUCGUACUGAGAAGAUGGUACAUUUCUUGCAAAGGAGCAUCUGUUUGAAAAACAGGCGACCUUUGAUGCCUUUAAAACUCCCUGUGGGAUUCAGUGUAAAAAGACGUUUAGGGCGUACGAUCCUAGAGUAGUUAGGUGUUACAUGUCCUUGUUAGGUACUUUCAAGGUAUUACUUCAUGAAGUGACUAAUGUAGGAGGUUAUUAUUCACCUUGUGUGUGCAACGCUGCCCUUUUAAGUUUUCACAUGCAAAAGUAAAAUGGUUGUAUGUGACUAUUUUUAAGCGUAUGAGUUGUUGCCACAGCUUUUUGCAUUGUGAAUCCAUGUGGGACAGGCCUUCAUGUACCGUAGGGCAAACCUAAGAAGUCAUAACAUCAAUAAAGUUUGUUUCUGUAUGUCAAAA